AUGACUAUAUUCGAAGCUGCACAGAAAGGCUCAUUUCAAACUGUGCGUUAUUUACUAGAUAAUAAACUUGCAACGGUUCAUGAUGUUGAUUCUCAUGGAGCAACACCACUGCAUUAUGCAACAUUAGCAAAUAAUGAUGUGUGCUUAAAAUAUCUUAUUGACAGAGGAGCAGUGGUUGAUGCACCAGGCGGUGAAUUACAAGCAACGCCUUUACAUUGGGCAACCAGACAAGGUCGCUUAGCUGCUGUGCAUCGACUAAUAAGAGAAGGUGCAGACCCUUCAAAGCGUGAUAGUCAAGGAUUUAAUGCACUUCACUUGGCCGUUCACUCGUCACAUGCGAUGCUAGUACUCUAUUUGCUUUAUUUAGAUAUGGACGUGGAUGUUACAGACGAUGUAGGAGGGCACACUCCCUUGAUGUGGGCAGCUUAUCAGGGAUAUGCACAAUCAGUGGAACUAUUGUUGAGAUUUGGAGCAAACGUUGCAGCUACUGACCAUGCACAGCUUACGCCACUUCAUUGGGCUGCUGUUCGAGGUAACAAGAUGUGUAUCAAAAAGCUUUUGGAAUAUGGUGCCGAUGCGAAUGCGCGUGGUCAGGAUGGGAAGUCGGUCAUGGAUUUUGUGCGUGAAAACAAAGCUGAAAAAGUCUGGGAAAGAGCAGUAUUAGAGCUAGAUGUGUAUGCACAAGAGAACCCUUCUCAUGCGUCUCUUCGAACUGUGAAUACAAUAGCCUAUAUCUUUCCAUACAUCACUCUUGGCCUUGUUUUGAAAUGCCUUGCUACAUUUCCUUGGUACACUGGGUUGCCACUGACGUUGCUUUUAUGUGCAGCAAUGCACUUGACGAUUGUAAAUUAUGUUGUCCCAAUACCCAGCAAUGACGCCGUCUGGAGGACACCCUAUUUUUCAAGCAUCUUUCAGGCCUCUGCAUUUUGGGUCCUUGUUACUUGGAUACGUAUUCUUUUACCAUCAACCUCACAAUGGUUAUUCACGCAUCUUUUAUUUAUCGUCGCAUUCUUUACUGCCAUGCUUGCCUUCUUUAAAGCUGUUUCAUCUGAUCCUGGCUUUGUGAAAAACGACCUUUCGAGAGAAAAACAGCGGCUUGCAGUAGAAGAAUUGGCAAAUGACAAUUGUCUUGAUGCCAGACAUUUCUGCCUUACCUGUUUAGUCAAAAAGCCAUUGCGAUCCAAGCAUUGCAAUAUAUGUAAUCGAUGUGUUGCAAGAUUUGAUCAUCACUGUCCUUGGAUAUUUAACUGUAUUGGAAUCAAAAAUCAUCGAUCAUUUUUAAUAUAUUUGAUUAAUAUGGUCAUUGCCAUCGUCACUUUCACUGUAUUAUCUCUCAACUACCUAUCGAUAAGCUCGCCCAUUUAUGAUCAUAGAGUAGAUAGUGCCUGUUUAAUAGGAUCCACCAUGUGCGGAUACUUUGAUUAUGAUGCAUGGACAUUAUCACUCACUAUUUGGGUGUUAUUUCAACUGACCUGGACUGUAUUUCUAUUGGUUGUCCAAUUAUACCAAGUUGCGGUUGGCACAACAACGAAUGAGAGUGCUAAUAUUAACCGAUAUGCAUACAUGAAUGCCAGUACCAGCAUUAUAGCAGCAGGUGGGGGAACAGCAGGUACAGAUGGCCCUUCAAUAUCUGAAGAAGCUGGACCCAGACAUCACCAUCAUCACAAAGGAAGUUUCUGUCCAUGCUUGCAACUUGUAGCAGGUGCACAUGCAGUACACAAAGCAAGAAGACAUACAAAGAAAGGAAAUGUGUUUGAUCAUGGAUGCUGGAAUAACUGUCUUGACUUUUGGGUAGAACCAAAUGCAAUCAAUUAUUACGAGCUUUAUGACAUACAACAAUUACGUAAACGAUCAGAACAAGUUUAA